GGUGGCCAUGGCGACGCCGCCGCGGCGCCGGGGCCCGGCUGCGCUGCUGCUGCUGCUACUGGCGGCGGCGGCGGCCGCGCUGCCGCCCGCCCGCGGCUUCUCCCUCCCGCUGCGGCGGCCCGCCGACUGCGGCCGCGCCCACUACUUCGAUAUCUCCCGCCUGGCCUGCGGGCCCUGCGGAGCCCACCAGCGACAGGGCGCCGGCGGUAGUUCAUGUGUAUGUCAGCCAGGAUACAGGAUGGUUUCUAGUAAUGGUGGGUCCUCCAUUAUUUGUGAAAAAUGUCCAGAAAAUAUGAGCGGAGUUACUCAAGAUGGGUGGAAUUGUAUUAUUUGCCCUAAAGGCCUAACUUCAGAAGGAAAAUGUAAAUGCCUUGAUAAUGAAAUAUUAGUGGAAAGAACUAUCGAUGGCAUUCUGCUUAAUGAAGCGUUGUGCAUACAUUGUAAUGGAAGUGAACAAUCCUUCUCUGCUUCAGAUGCAUCAGGAAAUAGGUGUGUAAGAUGUGAACAAACAUUCAUCAAUGUAAGCAAGUCUUGUGACUGCAGCAGCCCAAACAUUUUAAGUGGGGGAUUGUGUUUCAGUGCUCGUGAAAGCUUACCUCCAAAGGGAGUUGCAACUGUUCGUUUUGGGCAACUAGGUAUAACACUGACAUCAGCAUGGUUUCUGAAAAAUCUGCAGUCCUCAGCCUCUGCCUGUUGGUUGUACUCUAAUCUAACAGCAUGCCAAGCUCUUGGAAAUAUGUGUGUGAUGAAUAUGAACUCACUGAGUUCUUCAAGUACUGACGCCUGUGGCUUAUUUCAGUACAUUUAUGUCAAUACAGCAAGGCUAGGCACUGUUCAUUCAAUAGCCUUCUGGAGGCAUAAUCUUCCAUGGCUAUAUUACGGUGAUCAACCAGGAUUAGCAUCCCAAGUGCUUGAGGCAAAUCAUUUCCCUACAGUCUUCAGUUUUAAAGGAACAGCUAAGGAUGUAAAGCUGCAAUUUAUUGCAGCCUCAUUUGAUGCAGCAGGAAACUUUCUUAAGUGGCAAAGCUUGGAAGGAGGCAUCUUACAGCUUUGUCCUGAUACCCAAACUAAAUUGAAUGCAGCUUAUGCAUUUGGAACAACUUACCAACAAAGUUGCAAAAUUUCAGUUUCCAAGAUUUUAUUGGAUUUUGCUAAUCCAAUCUUUUAUGACCUAUUCCUUGAAUAUAAUGGUGACAGUGGACAACAAUAUCUUUGGGCUGUGCCAGUUUUAAACUUGAAUCUUCAAUACAGUGAAAUGUUUGUUAAUCAAGGCAGUAAUAUGAACAACUGGCUUUUGACUCGUCGAUUUUUUUUGGUGGAUGCGCUAAGUGGAAAAGAGAAUGACUUGGGAAAACUACCAAGAGUAAUUCGGAUUGCUAGCAAAAUAACCAUAAGUAUUCGUCUGGUAUCCCAUACUCAGAGAGGAACCAUCUACCCUCCUCUAAUUACUGUUGCUUACACAGAUGUGCUUGUCCAAAACCCUGAAACCCAGAGUGUGAUGGUAUCCUUCUCAGUCAAUUAUGAGAUGAAUCAAUCAGAGGCUCAGAUUCAGACUGAUAUCACGCUGGGUGUGUUGGGUGGGCUUGCAGUGUUAUGGUCCCUUCUCAAGACUGCAGGCUGGAAGAGGCGUACAGGAAGUUCUAUAAUUGACUUGCAGACAGUUUUGAAGUUCUUACUGUUUUAUGCUGGAGACCUUGCCAACGUUUUCUUUAUCAUCACAGUGGGCACAGGGAUUUAUUGGCUUGUGUUCUUCAAAACUAUUGAGGCUCAGCAGUUUGUCUCUGUCCUUUUACCACUUCCGUCUCAAGAAGAAGGUUUUGUUACAUACAUAGCAUGUGCGUUUAGUUUAAAGGCUCUUCAAUUCUUACAAUUGCUGGUUUCACAACUUACUAUAGAUAUUUUCUUUAUUGACUGGGAAAGACCUAAGGGCAAAGUUCUUAAAGCAGUUGAAGGUGAAGGUGUUAUUAGAAGUGCUGCUGCACCUGUGAGCAUAUGGAGGACAUAUUUUAUAGCAAAUGAAUGGAAUGAAAUUCAGACAGUGAGGAAGAUAAACCCCCUCUUUCAAGUCCUUGCAGUUCUUUUUUUUCUGGAGGUGGUGGGAUUUUCAAACCUGGCUUUAAUGGAUUCUUCUUCCAGUCUUACAAGAAGCAGUGAGAGUUACAUAGCUCCUUGGAGCCGCAUUUUAAGAUUUGGUGUGUCUGCUGCACUCUGGCUAGCCAUUGCCUUCUUACAGAUUAUAUUUUUUUCUGUGUUUUAUGAAAGAUUUGUUGAAGAUAAGAUAAGCCAAUUUGUUGAUUUGUGUUGUAUGAGCAAUAUUUCAGUGUUUCUCUUGUCACACAGCUGCUUUGGUUAUUAUAUCCAUGGUCGCUCUGUGCAUGGACAUGCAGAUACCAAUAUGGAAGAAAUGAAUAUGAACUUAAAGAGGGAAGCAGAAAAUCUAUGUAGUCAGAGAGGUUUGUUACCGAACACAGAUGGCCAGACAUUUCAGAUUUCCAUUUCAAGAAAAAUGAGACUGCACUAUGACAGGAUUCAUGAAAACCUAACAAGAAAACAUGGUCCUGCUAGGCUUCUGGGUUCAUCUGCAAAUACUUUUGAACAAAGCACAAGGGCAUACAACACCAUGAACAAAUUUCUCAGUUCUUUUAUUGAUCACGUUCAUAAAGAAAUUGAUUAUAUUGUUAAAGAUAAGUUGCUGCUUGAACGGAUUCUUGGCAUGGAGUUCAUGGAACCAAUAGAGAAAAGUCUUUUUUACAAUGAUGAAGGACACUCUUUCAGUGAUGUUCUCUAUUAUGGCAAUGAGGCAACACUGCUCAUCUUUGAUAUCCUGUUUUUCUCCAUUGUGGAUCUGGCUUCCCAAAGUUUUGUUUUAGCAGCUAUUCUAACAUAUUUGCAGCAAGAGAUAUUUAGGUUUAUUCGUAAUACACUUGGGCAGAAGAAUUUGGCAUCCAAAACCUUGGUGGAUGAAAGAUUUCUUAUUUAAUCAAGAAGAUGAAAAACCUUGUUGAGGAGUUAAUCGUGGAAAUUAUGUCCAAGAUCAAAGCAUCUCUGACCUGCAGAUUAAUUGUAGUGCACUUUUCAAUAAUAAUAAUGUAAUGGUUUUGAAAUGUAUCAUUUUUUAUAUUGUGUGCUAUUAAUCUUUAUUUUUGUGUAUUUACAAAUAUUUUUUUAAUUUGUGAACACUAAGCCAUAGGCCUCUAAAAGGAAAGGUAUGUGAAAAUAGCACAGAAGUAAGCUUACUGUUGUUACUCUUAGAAUAAGAUAAAAAUUAUUUAGUGGCUUUUGGUAAGAUAUGGACUGCUCAGUUUGAGGCAAUAAUAUGAGCGUUCUGGUUGGCAGGAGAGGUUGUCAACUCUUCAGUUUCUGAAAAUCCCUUAAAUCUUCUUUUUUUUAAAUUAUUUUUUUAUUUUGAAGUUUAAAGUUUAGCAAACUUAUUUCCAGUUUUACACAGCACAUGAUUUGUUCUGAAUUAAGUUAAUAUUUCAAGAGAUCAUUUAAAGAUCACUUAUUUACAGUGAGUCCAACUUGAAAUUAUAACUUUUCUUUGUUGUGUCAUAGUAUUGUAUGCUUUUGUCUCUUCUCUCGGAGUUCAUAAUUGUUUUUCUUGAGUGUGGACUACACGUGACAAAGUUCCCUUGUGUUUGACAUACAGUAGUGCUACGGCAAUGCAGAAGAACAUGUUAGUUAUGAUAGAGCAGAGGAGGUGGUUAUAGGCACUUGGGUUUUUUUCCUGAUCUUCUGUCAUCUGAGGCAAGAUGCCCAGGGAAAUACAGUAAUUCUUCUGUGCUGUUUCCACACAACUGAAAUAGAAGCAAUUGUUCUUAUCUUUUCAGAAGUGUUUUCACAGGUGCCUCUAUGUGCUUAAGUACCUCUGUCUCUCUUAAUUUUCUGGCUGUAUUAUCUUUACAUAUAACACAGACAGUAAUCAUUUUACGUCAUGUUUUCCUUACUUUUGUCUGCUUAAGUCCACAAUUCUUAGUUUGUUGGUGCAUGCUAUGCCUCAAAAAAGGUGUGAAUACAAAACUUGCAAAGGAAUGAAAUGUCCACUAUAAAUAAAAAUAAGGUUUUUGCCUUUAUAGUGAAUGUAGUAAAUAAAGUGUCCAUUAGGUUCUAGAUCUGUUAAAACAGCCAAAAACAUAUUUUCAUUGAGUACCAUGACUGUAUGACUUCAUUAUUUGUGAGGUUUCUGUCAUAUUUUUUUUCAGUGAUCUACUAAGUGCCAAAACUGUAAACUAAGCUAAGGAGCCGUCUGAAAAAUGGUCUGCAGUAGGGCAUUUGCAAGGCAAAGUUAGGCUCACAUGACAUCUGUGUAUUCCAUUGGUCGAUAUCUUUGCAUAAUUUAACUAAACUAAACUUUCGAGAUCUUACAAGUCCUACUGAAAUGUCAGUGUACAAGAGGAAAUACAAUCUUUCUCAUGUGACCAUAUUUACUCAAGGUGACUGAUGUGACUGAAGGGGUGUAGAAAGUUGCUGUGAUCCAUAGGUGAGCAAGUAUGACCCUAAUGAAUUACCCUAAUACAGGUCUUUUCUUACAGUCACUUUCCAGCAAUAGUACUGUGCGUCACUGUCAGUGGUAACAGGCACAAGCUUUUUCUCUGUGUGAAUUCUGAUGAUGUGUUCAUAGUCAUGAAGUUAUUCUAGGGAACAGAACCACACUUCAAACAUCCCUCCUCCAGAGUGGUCUGAUUUAUGACCAAUUUAAGUCAGAAUAAGUAAAACGUAGUAACCAGACCUGAGUAAACCAUGUGUUGUUUUUAGUUAGGCUGGUACCAGCAGAAGUGGAGACAUUUCAGCAUGUGGGCUCUCGCUGUACCCUGUUCUCCAUACUUUUGCUAACCAGGCACACCUUUGCAUGCAAAAUUCGUGCUUUGAGUUUGUUUUAGAUACGCCUUUAAUAAUCUGCUGCUCAGAAGGGCAUGUGAAAGCUUUUAUGACCUUGCAAGAACUACUGUUAAAGGCAAUUCUUGUUACAGAUAAAUGUUGAAUUAAUCUAAAAAUGUUCUGCCAGAACAGUUCAGUCGCUUGGCCCCCUCUUUCUCCUUGGUACACACACUACCCUGUUGUGUUUUAUUUUUCCACGUCAUUUAUCUAAAAUGUUAGUAUAGCUAACACAGGUACUCUACGUGAUUUGGGAAAUAAUUACAGAAGCCAAAAGCUCCAUGAAUUCAUCGAAGCUUUUCUUCAUUCUUGCUGUCCAGUGAACAUCUGAAACAAGUUGUCUGUGCUUUGUUUUCCUAUUGCUUGAUAUUUGUUCAAGAACUAGCUCUUGGGAUUGCAUUUCCAAUUUAAUGUUUUUCCUUUUUUAAAAUUAAUGUGCAGCUACAAUGUAUUGCUCAUCUGAUGAGUGUCUUUCAAGUUUCUAAAUGUUUUAUUUCAUCAUACGGCAUUUCAAACUCUCAUUUAUGUCCCUUUGAGCAAUAAAAAAAUUUUCAAGGA